CACAUGCGCACGAUAUCAACAGAGUGACAAGAGAGAGCAGGAGUCUGAUGUUGCUGUCAUGGUCAUGGAAGAGUAUAAUUGAAAAGUGCGUGACUUUUGUCGCGUUCCCCUAUUAAGCCAGCGAAGCAGUUGUAGUUUUUGUCUCUCGCCCUGCGCUGCGGGCGGUGUCAGGUGUGUUGGUCGCGAUGGAUGCGCUGCAGAUGCUGGUGGAUGAAGUGGCUCUCGAAGGGCUGGACGGUGUUACAAUCCCUGCGCUCUGGCUCAGGGUGGAAAACCGGAUUCCCAAAUUCCCUCUGAACCUGGACCCUGCAUCAAAGCAAUUUCUUUGGCAGUCUUUGGUCUGCAAUCCUGAAAUCGAGUUUUACGAGCUUCCGGAGAAGAGGCCGCCUCUAGUGCUGGUGGACAGAUUUAAGGACAUUGAUCCAGAAACUGGAAUUCAGGAGAUUAGAAGGGACAUGGGUUCGUCAGAAGACAUCUACCCUGUCCACAUCGUUUUUGACAAUAAACAUGGAAUCAAAGGAUCUUGUCGGUUCUUUAACGAGAGGGUCAACAUAACAUCUCGGAUAAGGAGUGCAGACUUGCAGCCGUGCUGUACACUAGAAGAUGCAUUUCAAAGGUGGGACGAGCGGCUGGUGCUGGUGGCCUCUCAGAGGGUCCGCUUCCGCGCCCUGAUCGGCUGGGAGGGCGACCCGGACCUGACGCUGCCGGACUACUCCUACUGCAUCCUGGAGCGCCUGGGGAGGUCUCGCUGGCAGGGCGAGCUGCAGAGAGACCUGCACUGCAAAGCCUUCAAAACCGAUGCGAGGAAGUUGCACUACCUGAGGAAGGUGCUGGACAGAAACGGCCUGGUCACUCUUCAGUCACAUGUCAUCCGGCUGCCCAGUGGGAGCCAGCAGCACUCUGUGCUUCUUCUGCUAAAGAGGUUUCACAUCGACAGGAGGAGCAAGUAUGACAUUCUUAUGGAAAGAGUCUCCAAUGUCUUGGCAGCCAAACCUGAUAGAAUGGCCAUCAUGAAUGGCCUGAAAGAGGAAGUGGGUGUCAGUGAGAAGACCUUCAAGAGGAUGUACCAGUACAUGUGCACGGCAGGCCUGGCUCAGACUGUCACUGUGCCCCUGCAGGAGCUGAACCCCCAGGGGGGGCCGUGCAAGACAAAAAAAGGCACGGAUGUCACUGUGCGCUGCCUCAAGCUCCUGAAGGAGUACAGGAAGAAGGUGGAGGAUGACGAGGACGAUAACGAGGAGGACGAUGGCGUCAGGAAGAGUGCCCAGUCAAGCGGGCGGUUCUGGGAGAGAGACAUGCUCACUCAGGCUUUUGAAAUAAUUGAGAACAGAGGAACCAAAGGAAUUUCCCAGGCAGAAGUCAGAAGACAUAUGAAUAUUGGAAAACUGGAAGCGCGUAUGAUAUGUCGUCUUCUGGAACGAUACGAGCUCAUCAAGGGCUUCAUGGAGGACGAGGGCCGCCAGCGUACCACCAAGUACAUCAGCCGGACGCACGUGGGGCAGAGCAGCCUGAUCCAGCAGUUCGAGAAGGAGAAGGCCCGCAGCGAGGAGCUGACGACGGGCAGUGGCUGUGCGGCGCGGCGCGCGCAGCCCAAGGGCGCCCUCUCCCCGGGCCACUCCAGCGCGGAGGAGGAAGAGGAGGGUCCCGGGGCAACCGGCGGCAGGGCCACGCGGCGCAGAGUGUUGAAGGUCAACACCAGGUCACUCUUCCGAAAGUCCAGACGCCAUCAUGCUGUUCAGCACUCGACGCCAAAUAAAAAAUUAAAUAUACCUGCUUUGAAAAGACGACGUGAUAAUCUUGACUUGGCAGAAGCCACAAUAGGAAAAGAAGAUAUUCAUGCAACUCUGGAUAACUCUGACAUCAGCAUGGAGUUUUCUGAGCAAGCAGCAAAUCAGAGCAGCAGCUUUCAUUCAGUAGACAAUGAGGGGAGCGUUACUGUUAUUGAAGAAGUUACGAUGGAUCAAUCAAAGGAUCUUGAUGUAGUGCCAAAGAAGAAGUCAAAGUCUAAGUCUCAGGAGAGGCCCCAUGAGACAUACAGGCUGCUAAAACGCAAGAAUCUUAUAAUAGAAGCUGUCAGGAGCCUCAAACUGAUCGAAAACCUGUACACGUUGCAGAAAAUGAUAAUGGAUGAAGAAAAACAGGAUGGAGUCGUCACCAAAUGUUGCAAAAAGUCCAUUUUGAGACUUGUGCGUAAGCUCUCACAGGAGGGACUGCUGAGACUGUAUCGCACAACAAUCAUACAAGACGGCGUCAGUAAAAAGGUGGAGUUCGUGGUUCACCCCUCCAUUCUUCAAGAUGAUCCUUUGGUUAAAAGUGCCAUUGAACAAAUUCGAUUCCGAAUUUCUAGCUCUUACUCAGCUCAUCGAGUUAAACCUGGACUGGCUCAGACAGAGAGUGCCGAGUCUGGGCCUGCGAGAGACGGGGGAGACCAGGAGAGGGAGGGUCUUCCGACUCCCGAGGAGCUGAGGAAGGGAGAGGGCUCAUCGGGAGCAGCAGCCAGCAAGACUGAUGAGAAGAUGGGAGUCUCCCAGCUGAAGAACUUCCAGCCCACCAUCAUUCCAGGGCUAGGCCGGUCGCUGGGCUUUCAGCCCAAGAUGCUGAGACUGAGGCUGGUGCACUUGUUCCUGUGGUACCUCAUGUACGGCCAUCCUCUGAGGGACGAGAGCCAGAGCCCGAAGCCCCUGGCGCCGGAGGGGCGGGACGAGGAGCCGGGACACGGCAGCCCGGCCAGUCAGGGCGAUCCGCAGUCGGCAGCAGCCAGCCAGGAAGCGGCGUCGCAGGGCGUGAGCGAAGGAAAGGAGGCGGCUAAAGAAAGCGAGUGCCCUUCCGGGACUGAUGGAGGUGCUGAGAAAGAUCAGUCGUCCGUCGACAAAACUGUGUACGUGGACGAUCUGUCCUGGAAGAGGUAUAUUCCCCCCACCCCCAUCCACAGGGAGUUUGGCUACGGAUGGGCCCUUACAAGUGAUAUUUUGCUUUGCCUGCCGCUCUCCAUUUUCAUCCAGAUCUUCCAAGUCAGCUACAAGGUGGAUGGCUUGGAGGACUUUCUCAAUGAUCCCAUCAAACAGCAUUAUCUCGUCAGGUUCUUGCCAGGGAAGAUGAAGAAACAGCUUCUGUAUAAGAGGAAGUAUAUAUUUUCCUUUUACGAGAGCAUGCAACGUUUGUGCUACAUGGGGCUUCUCCAGUUUGGACCUUCAGAAAAAUUUCAAGACAAAGACCAGGUCUUUAUUUAUCUCAAGAGAAAAGCCACCAUUGUGGAUACCACCUCCUGUGAGCCACACUAUAACCUGGUCCGGGGAAAUCGCCCUUUUGAGAGGCGCUUUUAUACUUUCAACACCUUGCAGGAUGUGAAGAACUUCUGGUUUGAUAUGCAGUGUGUCUGUCUGAACACGCCCUUAGGUGUUGUCAGAUGGCCUCGGGCAAAGAAGAGCUCUGCCCCAGAAGACCAGAUAAACACUGCAGAUCCAGCGAUGGAGACCAAAUUCUCUGCUGAGAAGCAGUCCAGCAAAGACCUCUCUCGAAUGAUUGAACUGGCAAGGGGGAGCCGCGAAGUGACAGACGAAGGACUUAUCCCCGGGGACGGUCAAGGUGCCGCGGGGCUGGACUCCAGCUUCUUCAGCCACCUGAAACGCAACUGGAUUUGGACGAGUUACAUUCUGAACAAAACAAAGAGCGGUAGUGGCACUCUUGAUGGAAGACCUACACUGAGGCUGAAAACCUUUUUGAGGAAACAUCCUCUGCCUCUUUCAUUUGAGAGCAGCGUGGUGAAUAGAAUAGUGGAGUCCAGGCUCCUGGACGUCAUGAAAGAGGAUGAAGUUCUGAUUGAAAAUCAAUGCAGUGACACCAGAAACAUGCGAGUCCGUGGUGGGAGAAAUCAGAAGCGCAAGAGACUGAAAAAGAGCACCGAGAAAAAAGGGAAGAAAAAGACAAAGGGUAAGAAAGAAGAGAAGAAGGAUGCGCAGCGCCGCCGGCAGCCGCGCUUCCACGACGAGGCGGACCGCAGCGCGUUGCAGAGGAUGACGCGGCAGCGUGUGUGCUGGAGCGCCCAGGAGGACGGCUUCCUCAUGCUCUGCCGGGUCGCCAGCCACGUCCUCAACCGGAAGAUCAAGAAGCCUUUUGUCCCUUGGCAAGUUGUGAGAGACCUUUUGCACUCUCAGUUUGAAGAGUCUUUGGAUAAGACAUCUCUUUCAGUGGGGCGCAGAUCUCGAUACAUCAUGAAGAACUCUCAGACCUACCUCAACUUUAAAAUUUGCCUGGCUGAAGUCUACCAGGACAAGCCACUUGCUGAUGAAUUUGUGAACAGGAAUAAUGACUAUGAAAAUCCUGAGGUGUGUGCAGCAGAAUUCAAAGAGUUUGUUGAGGUGCUGAGGCAGAAAUUUAGUUCUUCCGCUGGAACUUCCGGUCUGAAAAUCCCAGAUACUAAAGAGGAACUCUUUAGAAGGUUCAGUGUGUAUGUUAUUGAAGAUGAAACUGAAAGAGAAAUCCAGCAAGACAUUCUGACAAGCCAGGAAGAUAUCCACGCCAUUGUGCUGAAUAAUCUCAUCCAGAGUACACUGGCACUUUCAAAUCUACAAAUGAAGUCCUGCCGCUCCUUUCAGACGUUCCACCUGUACAUCCAGUACCGGGACGAGGUGCUGUGCCAGGCCUUCCUGAAGUGCCAGCAGCGCGGGCUGGUGAACCGCCGGCGGGUCAGCUGCCGGUCUGGGCCCAAGAAGAGCCGGGCGCUGCCCUUCGUGCCCAUGUCCUACCAGCUGUCUCAGUCUUACUACAGGUGCUUCACCUGGCGCUUCCCGAGCUCCCUCUGCACGGAGUCCUUCCAGUUCCUGGAGAGGCUCAGGUCUGCUGGCAGAGAGGACAGAGCCAACACCUUCUCCUUCCAGGACCAGGAGGCUGCGGACUCGGAGCCCGGCAUGGUGGUCUUCUCCCUGGACGCCCUCGGAGGCCACUGCCUGGCCAGCUUGUCCCUCUUCAUCCUGGGCUUGCUCUCCGUGGAGGUGUCCAUUCCUGAGCAGAUUGUGGUGGUGGAUAGCACUAUGGUGGACAAUGAGGUUGUGAAAAGCAUGGGCAAGGAGAUGGAUGAGGAAGAUGAAGAUGAAGCAGAGGAGUGUGAAAGCAAGCGUAAGAUUGAGGUGAAGGCGAGACAGGCCUCCCACACGAACUACCUGCUGAUGAAGGGCUACUGCGCCCCAGGCAUCGUCAGCCUGCGGAACCUCAACCCCAACGACAACAUCGUGGUGAACUCCUGCCAGAUGAAGCUGAAACUCCGCUGCACUCCUGCCCACAGCCACUUCCUCCCCGCAGCUCCUUCUUUCCUGGAUGAGAUUGUCCACGGAGAGGCCUGCUUGCCCAGCAGCUUCACUCGGCUCCUGACGAGGAGCGACGAUUCGAACAGACUCGAGCGCUUCCAGUCCUGGUGCAUCGACCGCUGCGGCUACAGCCCCGAGGACCUCCAGGCGGUGCUCGACGUGUGCAGCGCGAUCGAAGACUCCCGAUUCUAUGGCUGCGACAAGCUCCAGCUGAGGAGGCGCUUUGCUGGCUUUGAGGAGAAGGGAGACGGCCGCACGAGAAGCUUGUGCCAGUACCUCGAGGACCUGAUCAGUUUGGAGGAAAUAAUCGAAGUUGGUGGCAAUACAGUGCGGCUGGUUGCAUUCAAGUAUUUGGAUCCUUGGGUGCUUCAUGUAAAUAACAGUAUAACGCCAAAGGAUAAGGCCGUUAGUGGGGACCCAUCGGGAGCCAGGAAGAGAAAACUGGAGGAGCCGUGUCUGGAGAAGGGCCCGCCUCCUGGGAAAGUGCCUCAUUUGGAAUCUGAUAGCGAAGUGACCGUGGAUACAGUUCAUUCAGAGGAACAAGGUCAGGACCAGAGCCUGAGGACGUCCAGCUGUGACAGAGCAGACCCUUCGCAGAGCACAGAAGAAUGUAACAACGCACCCCAAGCAAGAGGCAUUGAUGAGGAAAGUCAAAACAACAAAGAUCACUUGGGAGAUACAGAGAUGGAAGAAGGUAGCUCAGUUUUGGACGGUGCAGUGUCAUCCAGCACUGACCAGAUGUCCGCUUCACAUGAGGGAGCAGCCUCAAAACCGAAUGUUGGAGGUGGCCCAACGGAUGACGAUGACCCGUGUAGCACAACAUCGGAAACAGUGGGUGACAGGGGCGAGCGCGGGAGGGUGAGCUUCGUGAGCCGGCCGUGGCGGGUCGUGGACGGCACUCUGAACAGGCCGGUGUGUAAAGGCAUGCUGGAGGCCUUGCUGUUCCACGUCAUGAGCAGGCCGGGGGUCCCGGAGGGCGUCCUGAUAGAGCACUACAGUGGCGUUUUACAGCCCGUUGUCUUCCUGGAGCUCCUGCAGGGGCUCGAAGAAAUGGGCUGCGUCCGGAAGAGGCACAUCAAGAGGGAGGCUCAUGCCUCUCUUUUCUCAAGACAAGACUUUGCAGACCAGCAGGAGGAGCAGCUGCAGCCCGGCACCGCCUCCACUGUCUUUUACGAGCCCUCGGUGGACUGCUGCCUGCGACUGGGCAGAGUGUUCCCAUCUGAACCCAACUGGAAUAAGUGGGUCCAGUAAAGUCCUACCUGAGAUACAACAACACAUGGAAGGGGCACAGGAGACCACAGAAAAAUGGUCUGUCUUUAGUUUGCCGAAUAUGUAGGCUGUGGAGCUUCAUUAUUAACAAUGAUGGCUGGUUUAACGGUCAAGACGAAAGAAAGGGUUUUCAAAAAUUAACUUUCAUUAUGAAGUAUUAUAAGUCUUUUCUUUUCUUGUAAAUUAUAGUGUUACUUUUCAUCUAUUUUCAGCACUUUCUUUGCUGAAACAAUUAUUUUAUUUGGCACAAGCAUUGUUCAGAAAGCUGAGCUGUGAUAUUGUAAGGUGGGUUUAUUAUGUCAUUUAAUAUCUCUAGGAAAUAAUAAAAACACAGACGAGGUUUAAUGAUAGAAAUGUUUAUUUUUAUACAGUUUCAAAAAAUCUCUAAACUUUCUUAUGAAUAAAUUACUCAAUUCAAUUUGAAAACUUUUGAAUGCCUUUGUCUUAAAACACUGAUCAAUGAGCUAGUGUUGUACCCUCGAUAUUGCUACCAUUACAGUUUUAUUUUUCAAUAAAGAUGCCACUGUAAAUC